AUGCAAUCUACCUCGGAAAAACCUGACGAAAACGUUUGUCUAGAAGUGGCACGAUCCGCCGUCAAAAAUGAAAGCAAAAGCGCCAUUUCCUGCGAGUUUUGUGGUAAAACGUUUAAAUUCAAGGCAACACUUCGCCAGCACGAACAAAUCCACUACGGUAUUAAGCAGCAUGAGUGUGAGAUGUGCCAUCGUAGAUUUUUGCACAAAAGCACCCUUAAGUGCCACCUUCGACUACACACCGGCGAGAAGCCGUACAAGUGUUCCUAUUGUCCGAAAACAUUCCGUGGCCAAACAGCGCUAAACUGCCACAUCUUUCGUCACACGAACGAAGGAGCAAAAUGUCCGGUUUGUCUGAAGGUGUUUGCUACGAGUUCGAUAGUGAAGCAGCAUCGAAAGCAGGUGCAUACGAACGAACGGCUUAAUGUGUGCAAUCUGUGCGGCAUGACCUACAAGCAUCUGAAGAGUUUGAGACUACAUUUGCGUAACCACCAGAAGCGAGUGUGUCCAGAGUGUGGUGUUGGAUUUGAUAGUGUGUACGCGAUGCUAAAGCACCGAAAGUCGCACACGAAAGAAAAGCUACCGUACAAGUGUGAACACUGUGAUCGAGCGUUUGAGGAUCGAUCGAAGCUUGCUUCACACGAGAACUUGAGGGGUCGGCGGUUUCAGUGCGAACUGUGCUGCCAUAGUUUUAACAAACCAGACUACCUGACGAAUCACCAGCGUCGUGUUCAUUGGAAGGAAAUGGGUCUCGAUCGGCUAAAAGUGGCCCAACCACCGAAUGGUUGGAACCGCAAAGGCAUCCCAAAGCCGCAACGUUCAAAGAAAGCGAUGAAAAGAGCUGAGCCAGAAGCUUAUCUAGAUGAUUUUGCUAUGGUUGAUGACGAUGGAAAGCAAUCAUCAAUAAGUGAUGAGAAAUAUUUGGAGGAAAGGAAUGAAAGUGCAGCUGAUGAAUUGACGAUAGUAAAGGUUCAGCCGGUGUCAGCAACAGUUACAUGUCCUGUAAAUGUGAACAGAAGAAAUGAAGAAUCUUCAGACGUAAUGGUCCAGCGAGAAAUGUCGCCUGAUGAAACAAUUUUUAAAAGUGAAGAAAAGGCUAACAAUCCAGCUGACUCGUCAAGCGUAAAAGCUUUACAUACUAGCGAGAAAGCAAACGAAGAUUUUUGUUUGCCGUUAUCAUCUAUCAACCCAAAGCCAAGACAAAGUUCAAAGGAGUCGUUCAUCUGUGAAUUGUGCGGCAACUUGUACGCAUCCGGCACAACACUUGCCGUGCAUCGUGUUAAACAGCACGCCAGUGCCCGCUUUCAGUGUGACCAGUGCCACCGAACCUUCGGCUUUCGUUGCUUCCUUGAAAAACACAUCCGAACGGAACACGAGAAUGAACGUGUUUCGUGCAAAUUGUGUGACAAGCAAUUCAAGUACGCACAAGAUUUAAAGGUGCACAUGCGACAUCACGACGAUCCCAAGCCAUUCAAGUGUGAUCAAUGCGCUUCCGCAUUUCGGUUUCCCGGUGCUCUAAGGUCGCAUCGAAUUUUACACCAAAAUGAGCUACCGUUCAAGUGUGAUGUGUGUGGGAACGGGUUUCGAUUUGAAAAUAGUCUACGUGUUCAUAAACGUUUACAUAGUGGUGUGAAGCAAUUUAGGUGUGAUAUUUGUGCCAGAGAAUUCGCAACCAAAGCGCCUAUGUUGCGGCACAUGAAAGUGCACGAGAAUGGUAAGGAAAUGGCGUGCAGUGUUUGCGGCAUGGUUUACUACAAAAAGGUUGAUCUUGAAAUACACCAAAGCAAAGAACACCCCAAUCAUGAGUCUAUGGCGGGAAAGGUGAAACCAAUCUAUAGCUGUGAGCAGUGUGGAAAAGAGUUUACCAAGAAAAGUAAUCUUAAAGCACAUUCGUACACACACGAAGAAGUGUAUCGAUUUACUUGCAAGCUGUGUAGUCAAUCGUUCAAACAGCACGCUGGUUUGCGAAACCACAUGAUAAAUAAUCACAAACAAACAAGCCAAGUUUCGACGGCAACGGCCGAGCUGAUCGAUCGAAUCGAAAAUGUGCAGCCAAAUGUUUUAAAUUAA